AUGAGUCAUAGUUAAUUAAGUACAAAAGAAGUAUUGCCUUUUACUUAAAGCGAGAAUUCUCCACAAGCAUUAGAAAAUAAUAAAUAAACAGCUGAUAAAUAUUUGGAUUAUUAUGAUAAUCUUGGUUCAUUUAUGAUAAAGGACCUUGAUAGCGGAGUCUCUUAUGAUGCUAGAGAAGAAAAAAAAAUAGAAGAAAUAAAUUCUAAGUAUGAUGUUAUUACUCCAGUUGCUGAAUAGGGUUAAACAAAGGCCUGGAAUGAUUACUGGAGAUAAAUUAAAAGGAUGAAAGAGGAUUUUUUUGACUGUGUUUAAAUGGGCGAUUUGAUAGGCCUCAGAGAAAUUCUUGAUAAGUAGAAUGUACCAUUUACUGUAGAUAUAAAAUGGCAUGAUGAAUGGACUCCUAUUCAUUAUGCAUGCAAUGAAGGCCAUGCUGAUAUACUUUAGUAUUUAAUAUCUAAGGGUGCUGACCUGAAAGCAAAAACUUCUUUUGAUUAUACAGUUCUUCAUUUAGGAAGUAUCAGAGGAAGUCAUGAGUGCAUAAAGAUUAUUUUAGAAAAUGACUCUUCAUUCAUAAAUGAAUAAGAUAAAGAGUUCAAUACUCCAUUACAUUAUGCUUGUAAAUACGGCUUCAAUAAAAUUGUUGAGCUUUUGCUUAAUUACGAUGUCGAUAUGACAAUCAAAAACCAUAUAGGUAAUACUCCUUGCGAAGAAUUAUAAAAUUUUGACAUAUACUAGCUCAUAUCUUAAAAAGCAGCUGAAAAGGGAAUUAAUUCAGAAAAUUUAAUUAGAAAAGAUAUGUAUAAUCGUACAUUUUUUAACAAUAAUAUUAUGAGAAACAGUAGAUAAGAUCAUGUUUCAAAAUUGUUAAGACUUACUAAAAACUUUGAUCACAAUUCGAUUAUUAAACCCAGCGAAAAUGUUAAGGAAGAAAAACCUAAUUAAGGAGCAGCAAUAGUUGAACAUUUUAAAAAAUUAGCCAAAAACCAGCUAUAAUUCAAGCAAGUUGAGCUGUAAUAGGAGUCUUCUUCAAAAAAUUCGGUUGGUCCAAACGAUUUUACUAUAGUAGAGACCCUUGGUAAAGGUGCCUUUGGUUAAGUAUUUUUAGUUUAGAAAAAAGAUGAUAAGCUCUUUUUUGCAAUGAAGGUUCUUCAAAAAGAAAGAAUUCUAGGUAAAAAUAUAUUAAAAUAUGCAUUGACAGAAAGAAAUGUACUGAGUGUUAUGCAACAUCCAUUUAUUGUUUCUCUUAAAUAUGCCUUUUAAACCAAAAAUAAGCUCUAUUUAGUCAUGGAUUAUUGCCCAGGUGGUGAUUUAGAUAAUUUGCUAUUCCGUAAAGGUAGAAUUCCAGAGCCAAUAGCAAAGAUUUAUAUUUGUGAAAUUAUACUAGCUCUUGAAGCACUUCAUAACAGUAAUAUAGUUUUUAGAGAUUUAAAACCUUCGAAUGUCGUAUUGGACAAAGAUGGACAUGCAUGCAUUACAGAUUUCGGGCUGGCUAAACAAGGUAUGCAAAGAGGAGAUAUAACAAAAUCUUUUUGUGGUUCAUUAGCCUAUUUGCCUCCUGAAAUGCUAAACAAAACAGGGCAUACACAAAGUUUAGAUUGGUAUUUACUAGGAGUAUUAAUGUAUGAAUUACUUGAAGGAAUGCCACCAUAUUACAGUGAUAAUAAAUAAAAAUUAUUUGACAAUAUUCGUAAUGCACCUCUUAAGAUGCCAAAACAAGCUUCUGAUGCUGCCAAAAGCUUAUUAAAAGGACUCCUAUCUAAAGAUCCCAUCUAAAGACUUGGUUCCAAAGGAGCAGAAGAAGUAAAGAGCCAUCCUUUCUUUAGAGACGUAAAUUGGGAAGAUGUAUAUAAUAAAAAACUGCUUCCUCCUGUUCCAAAGAAACCACCUAUUUAAUUAGAAGGAAAAGAAGAUAACUUAAUAAAAGUAACUAUUUCUCUAGAAUAAUAAAAGGGAGAUAAUAAUGAGCCUAAUUUUGUAAAUUCUUGGGAUUUUAACAUAAAAAACUACUCAUUAUAAAGUCCAACCCUUCCUAAAAACUGA